AAAAAAAAACUCGCAAGUGAACGUUGCUCGUUUCAUCAAACAAUGGCUCUGUUUCAAUCAUCACUUUCUCAUAUAUCAAUUCUUUCGAUUUCUUCAAACAACACUCAAAUUCCACAAUUCAAAUGCUUAAAUCUCUCAAAGUUUGUAUCUUUACAACAAUCAAUUACGAAAACUGAUCGAAUUUUCAGAAUUACGUGUACUGGACAAGAAUCCAUCGUUAGAACUGUUGACGGAGGUGAUGGGGGUAACGGAAAAGGUGGGUUUCCAUCUGACAACAACGGUGGCGGAGAUGAUGGUGACGGCGGUGGUGGUUUUGAUGAAAAAGAGUUUGGACCGAUAGUGAAGUUUGAUGAGGUGGUUAAAGAGGCCGAAAAAUUAGGGGCGAAAUUGCCUAUUGAUAUGUUGGAAGCUGCUAAGACUACAGGGAUUCGGAGAUUGAUUCUUAGUCGUUACUUGGAUAUGCAGGGUUCAGCUUGGCCGCUGGGAUUUUUGAUGAGACAUUGCUCAAUGCUGAGAAAUCGAAUGCUUGCUGAUCCGUCGUUUUUGUUUAAAGUCGGAACAGAGAUUGUCAUAGACUCCUGUUGUGCAACAUUUGCAGAGGUUCAGAAAAGGGGAAAGGAUUUCUGGGCAGAAUUUGAGUUGUAUGCAGCAGAUCUUCUUGUUGGAAUUGUUGUUGACAUCGCAUUGGUAGGCAUGUUGGCUCCUUAUGUCCGAAUAGGCAAGCAGUCCAUUUCAAGCAGCUCUUUUGGACGCUUUCGACAUGCUUGUGGAGCUCUUCCCAGCAGUGUUUUUGAAGCUGAGAGGCCAGGGUGUAAAUUUACAUUGCAGCAGCGUAUUUCAACAUUCUUUUACAAGGGAUUUUUGUAUGGCUCAGUUGGAUUUGGGUGUGGCCUCGUUGGUCAGGGCAUUGCAAAUUUGAUAAUGACUGCUAAGAGGAGCAUCAAGAAGUCAGAAGAGGACAUACCUGUCCCUCCUUUAAUAGGAAGUGCUGCACUCUGGGGAUUCUUUCUGGCAGUCUCUUCGAAUACCCGAUACCAAAUUAUAAAUGGAUUAGAGCGUUUAGUUGAAGCAUCACCUGUAGCCAAACGCGUCCCCCCUGUUGCCAUGGCCUUCACUGUGGGUGUACGAUUUGCUAACAAUAUUUACGGUGGUAUGCAGUUUGUGGAAUGGGCUAAGCUGAGUGGGGUGCAAUAAGAAAAUGUGUUGUCAAGAAUAAGAAUUCCAAUGCUGUUCAAUUAGAUAAUAGGAGUAGUUUACUAGACAGGAAAAAUAGUUUAUUAUGCAAGGAUAACCUAGCAAAUACAGAUGUUAGAAGCCUGUUGAAAUUAUUGUAUGCUACUGUUCUAUGUUGCUCAGACUCUCCAAAAAAAUUGUCGCACCCAUGUAGGAUCCUCCAAAAACACCCUACUUUGGGAAGCUCCGACACACACAUGUCAGACAUUUUUGAACUGUCCAAGCGACAUAGAGUACUGUUAGUCUUACUCAUUUCUCUUGUUUGAUUGGUACUGUAGUUGUCAAUUCAUCAAGUUGAUAUCAAGGAGUCAACUUU